AAUCAGUUUGCAAGCAGAGAGUAUGUAUGUUGCCUAUUGAGACUCGGCUCGGCAUCAGUCCCCGCCCACCUAGAAUUACGGUGACACAUUGAAGGCUGUGUUCAACUUUUGUGUUCAUGUUGUAAGGCUCCAACACCCACAACUGAAGGGGUUACUUCGGCUGCAGUUUACUGGUUCAUUUCUGGCAGCAGUUUCCACAUCUUCCUCUAACAGACUGGAGCAACUUUUCUCAGACGAGUUUAUCAUUUGACAAAUAUAGUUUCCUCGGAAGCUGAAGUUGAUUGGUAUCCCAGCAGUUCCUGUUCAACUUUGAAGCAGAGGACUAGCUUUGUGUAAUGGAAGCUGCCAGGAUGAUGUUCCUUCUCGUCCCGCUUUGUUUCCUGAAGGUGACAGACACUACAACCAUAAAUCCCUGCUGUUAUUACCCAUGCCAGAAUAAAGGAAUAUGCGUUAAUGUCGGGAAGGAUGGGUAUGAAUGUGAUUGCACCCGAACUGGUUACUAUGGUGUUAACUGUAGUUUGCUGUACCUUCUUCCCACAGCACGUUCAAAUUUGAUCCCCAGCCCUCCAACCUACAACUCUGACUAUGAUUACCUUUCCUGGGAAGGUUAUGCCAACGUAACUUACUUUACUCGCUUACUUCCACCUGUACCAAAGGACUGCCCAACCCCAACUGGAACUGAAGGUUACAAGGAAUUACCUGAUGUAAAACUCUUGGCCGAGGAGUUUCUGUUGAGGAGAAAGUUCAUUCCAGAUCCUCAGGGCACAAACUUGAUGUUUGCUUUCUUUGCUCAGCACUUUACUCACCAGUUCUUUAGGACAGAUUUCGAUAAGGGUCCAGGGUUUACAAAAGCUCUCGGCCAUGGGGUGGAUUUGAGCCAUAUUUAUGGAGACACUCUGGAACGUCAACAUCAACUGAGGCUUUUCAAAGAUGGGAAACUCAAAUAUCAGGUAGUGAAUGGAGAGGUCUUACUUCCAUCCACAAAUGAUGUACCCAUCAGUAUGAAAUAUCCUCAUACUUUAUCAGUGGAGAAAUGCUUUGCCAUUGGCAAUGAUUUAUUCGGCUUGGUACCUGGACUAAUGAUGUAUGCCACCAUCUGGCUUCGAGAACACAACCGAGUCUGUGAUAUCCUGAAAGAGGAGCAUCCAACUUGGAAUGAUGAGCAGCUUUUCCAAACGGCCAGACUCAUACUUACAGGGGAAACUAUCAAAAUAGUUAUUGAGGACUAUGUGCAACACCUGAGUGGUUAUUAUUUCAAGAUGACAUUCAACCCAGAACUUCUGUUUGGCGAGCAUUUUCAAUACAGAAACCGGAUUGCAGUUGAGUUUGACCAUCUCUACCAUUGGCAUCCACUAAUGCCUGACAGCUUCAUUAUAAAAGGCCAAGAAUUUACCUAUGACAACUUUAUUUUCAAUACCGAUAUCCUGUUGAACUUUGGAGUGGAAGCUUUAGUAGAAUCGUUUGCAAAACAAAGAGCAGGACGGAUUGGUGGAGGGAAAAAUAUCAACAAAAAUAUUCUACAUGUGGCGAUUGGUGUCAUUGAACAUGGAAGACAGUUAAGACUUCAACCAUUUAAUCAGUAUCGGAAGUGGUUCGGUCUGACUCCCUAUAAAUCUUUCCAGGAGUUAACCGGCGAAACAGAAGUAGCAGCUAAACUGGAGAAACUGUAUGGGCAUAUUGAUGCAAUGGAAUUUUUUCCUGCACUACUACUAGAAGAACCCUAUGAAAAUGCCAUUUUUGGGCAAAGUAUUGUGGAAAUGGGUGCUCCCUUUUCACUCAAAGGACUAAUGGGAAACCCAAUCUGCUCUCCAGAUUAUUGGAAACCAAGUACAUUUGGAGGGAAAGUAGGCUUUGAUAUAGUCAACUCAGCAACACUCGAAAAGCUGGUUUGCCUCAAUAUUAAAAAGUGUCCCUAUGUGGCUUUCCAUGUCCCACACAACAUAGAUAAUGAAAGUGAGAGGGGAAAGAAAGAACCCUCUGCUGAGCUGUAAUCUGCCAAGAAGAAUAUUGGGACAGGACAAUAGAGGUAUUUGGUACAUAAGAAAAGGCUGUAUGGAAUUAUGCUCCGAAUAAUUUUAAACUAUUUCAGCUAGCUUUAAGGGGGAUAUUGAUCAUGUGACAAUAGUGUAGUAAGUAACCAUUUUGUAUUGGAUUCUGCAAUAGGUGUUAAUAAGAUGACAACCUUCAACAGUAGAAAGCAUAACAUGACAGUUUAAUACAAAUAACAUCUAACAUUUCACCCAAAAUCAGAACACUUUUUCUUAUUUUCCAGAUAGCUUGUUUGAUAUAGAAUCGUGUUUAAUUUUGUAAUGUUUUAACAAGAGUAGAAAUUAGUUAUAUGUCACAGUGAGCUGAUCUGUGUUAAUUCUGCACUAGAAUUUCUCACACUGCUAAAUAUGAGAGCGCAAAUGUUUUAGGCGUGCUGGCAUAACCUAAAACAGACAUUAGGCCCCUUAGAUACAUGAAUGAGGGACAUAGUGGCUGUUAAGGACCCCACUGAGAAAACCAUGCCCGAUGAGUAGGUUAGGCAUUGGGUCUAUCCUCUCUCAAAAUUCUUCAAAGGACCCUGCCAUGGCCAUUCGAUGAUUUUUAAUUUUGUUCUUUUAGGAAAACAGACACUGUCCUCUGGAGCUGGGAAGCAGCAUUGGUGCACUGCCAAUUCUGCAGGAAUCACAUUCCGUCCUUUCCUUAUAAGGACCCUUACUUUGAAAUCAAACUGCUAUUGUUGGUGCGCCUACCAAUGUUUUGAUUACCGAUGAUAUUUUAAGGGUUAGGAGAUAUUGUCGACAAGAAAAUGCAAAAAUAUAUUAUCCAAUUGUUUCUAUACUGAGAAUAAAAGCCUGGGACCAUAAGUAAAUUGCAUUAUUUUUUCAAUAAAUUAGGUGUUCAGGUGAUGCCUUUCUUGACCAAGUUUAGAUUGGAGAGGCGUUAAAUCCAGUGAGCUAGUGAAACUGUGUUUAUGGGGGUUUAGUUGUGUUUUAAAUGUUAAAAGAAAGGUGUUAUUUUUAAUCUAAACUCAGACCUCACCCAGUUUUACUCAUAACUGAAAGCAAUGGGUGCUAAAAUUAGGCAAAAUAUGAACUGGGUUGGUUAGAUUUAACUCAUAACUAAUUAUGCUUCUUUUAGUUAAUUGCUGUUAAGUAAAACGUGUAGUGAUUGUAAUGAAGUUAGCCAGGCGGACCUCAUAGAAUAUGAGUUCCCUGAUUGGGGUUGUUAAUCUGGUCCAAUCAGGGAGCCCUGCCUGACAAGAUAAGAACAGCAGUAUCAGAAAUCCUGUUCACUCUGACAGCUGGCUCUGAGGGAGCUAGAUCAAUGUCAAGGUCUCUCCACGUGUAAAUAAAGGGUAACUUGGUGACAGGA